AUUUAUUUUUAGAAUGAGACACGCCUCCUGUUACUCUUGUUAACUGAGACAUUUCUGAUUAAAAUCACUGAAUGUUUUAAAGAUUAAGGACUUUUGGUGACAGGAAAAUAGGUUAUUUAUAGUAAACUUUUUCAUACAAAGUCAAAGAAGAUUAUCAUUUGAAUCACCAUGAACUUUCCUUGAAAUUAAAUGAAGAAAUCUUACCCAAUAUGUCUGAGGCUAAUCCACAAAUUGGAUUUAUAAACAUCAAUGAAAUUGGAAGUGGUGAGAGUUCAACAGAUGGAGAAAUAAAAGAAAUAAAAGAUGAAUUAAAAGUAAAAGGAGGAGAGACAGAAUCAAAAAAUAAUAAUCAUUUUACAAAUUCAACCAAAACCGAUGAGCAAAUACUAUUGGCUGCUACAUUGGUUUUAGAUGCUAAACGAGGGAGGAAUAUCAAUUUUAAAACUGAUGAUAAACAUGUCAGAUCAUAUAUUCUGUAUCAUAAAUGGUAUUUACGCUGGGCUCUGUAUGCCUUUAUUAUCAUCGAUCUUAGCUUAGCCUUCGUAGAAAAACCAGCAGUUUCUUUUACUGCACCAUAUUGGGCCACCAUAUUAAUAGAGUUGGUAUGUUUGGGAUUUUUUAUAUUCCGAUUCUGUCAUGCUGCAUAUGUAGAACAAUCGUCCAGUUUCUGGAAAGAUACGAAACAUAUAAUAGUUCUAUGUACCAUAAUUCUGAUGAUAUUAGAUAUAAUAUGUUAUAUUAUUUGGGUAAAUGUAGCACCAGAUACAAAUCCUGUAAGAUGGUCACGCCCACUUCGCCCUCUCUUUAUAGUCAAUUUCUCAGAUGGAAAACAGGUGCGGAGAGCUUUCAGAAAUAUUCGUAAAACAGUACCAGAAAUUUUAAAUGUACUGAUUCUAUUUUUUCUUAGUGUUCUACUCUUUGCCUUAUUAGCUCUCAAAUUAUUCUCUAAAAGGAACUCAUUAACGUACCCAAAUGGUGAUCCGUAUUUUAAAACAUAUCUUGACUGUAUUUGGGAUUUAUAUGUUCUUGUUACUACAGCUAAUAACCCAGACGUUAUGAUGCCAGCGUAUGAUUACAAUCCCUGGUUUGCUAUAUUUUUUGUAUGUUAUAUUAUUGUUUGUUUGUAUAUAUUUAUGAGUAUAGUGCUAGCUGCUAUUUAUAAUAAUUAUAAAAAAAAUUUAAAGAAUGAGAUAAGAAUAUCUGUGUUCAGUAAAAGAAGGAAAUUGAAUCGUGCGUUUGAGAUAUUAAAAGAUAAAGUAGGAGAUCAAUAUGUUGUCACUCAACCAACAUGGAAUAAGUUAAUGUCUGUAGUAUUGGAAGGCAAGAGUCAACAACAAUUAGAUUUAUUAUUACAUGUUUUAGACAAUGAUGGCAUGAAUUCUAUUAAAAAGACCCAGUUUGUGAAUCUGUCUGAUUUACUCCAAGUAGAAUUAACUGAAGUCAAUGACAGAAGAACAUUUCUAGAACACAAAAUACCUGCUAUAUAUAAUCAUAGAGUUAGUAAUGCUCUAAAAUGGUUGAUUAGAACCAAAGCUUUUCGAUGGUUUUUUGAUUUUCUAAUUUUCAUCAAUGCAUUCUUUAUUGCCUUUGAUGUGGACAAAUCUGAUUGGUUCUUUCUGGUGAUUUUUACCAUUGAAAUAUUUCUCAAGGUUUAUACUUAUGGACCAAAAAACUUUGCUACAAGAUUUUGGAAUAUAUUUGAUGUAUUGGUAAUAGGUGCAGCUGUUUUGGCCUCCAUCAUUGAAAUAUUUAUUGGUGCAAGUAGUGAAGAGUUCCGAACAUUAGAUGUAUUGUUGGUAUUAAGAGUUAUGAGGUUGAUUAAACUAUUUGGCAGUAUUCCCAGAUUUAAAGUUAUUAUUAUGACUAUUGUGAAUAUUGGUCCAUCUAUUUUAACAUAUGGUGGUGUUGUAUUUGUAUUCUAUUAUUUCUAUGCUAUUAUUGGAAUGGAAGUAUUUGGUAAUAAGAUUAGUUUCCAUGGUUACAAUGAUACAGAUUUAGACCCAGAGAAACAGACCUGUGGCAAUCCCAAACUUGCCAAGUCUAAUUUCUACAUGUUUCAUUAUUGGUUUGUAUUGGUCACCCAUAAAGCAGCUAGAAUAUACUUCUUCUUUUUCCACCUGUCUUGUGUGGUUAUAGUUCUUAAUAUCUUCACAGCCUUUAUUCUUGAAGCUUUUAUAUUGGAAUAUUCUCUACAAAAACAACCUAAGUUAGAGUCAGCUGUAGAGGCUAAGAUUAAAGAAUUAGGACUUGGUAUAGGCUAUACACCAAAUACCACUGGUAGACCUACAAUAGAUACAAUAGAACUAGUGGAGAAUGAAGAGGUACCAGAAGACCCUGUCCCACCCCCACUAAAAAAUCAACCAGAUGAUCCUCAUGAUGACUCAGAUACGGAAAGUUUACCUGAUCUUUCACAGGAACAGGGACUUCGAUUUCAUCUCAAGAAAAGGAGUCGUAAGAAAGUGGAAGUUUUAUUACAUCAGAUGUUUGAGGGGGAAAUAGAAGCUGAAGAUGAAGGUGAAGAUUUUGAACAAAGACCAAGACGACUGACUCUAGAAAAUAUUUAAUGUUCUCAUCCUGUUUAAUAGUUUAACUGUAUUAGUUUAAGUUGUCAGACCGUGAUUCUGUAGUUUGACAACAACAAUAUAACUUUCAGAUAAUGAUGUUACUUAAUUACCUUUUUAUGCCCGAAAAAUAAUAGAGACCAAUACAGCUGACUCAAAAAAAUAUUGAAUAGUUUAUCUUGAACAUAAUUGAGUUAAUGAGUCACUUUGUUUUUUAUUUCCAAAAAAUGGAAGUGAUUAUAUUGGUUUCAAAAAUAAUGUGCAAUAUUGUCUGACCAUGACUUGAAUAAAAUUGGUAGAAAUAUAAUAUAUAUGUAUAAUAAUAAAUAAAUCAAAUAUAAGUCUACAAGUAAAUCAUGUAUUGAAAACAGCAUCAUUAUUGUUAAUAUAUUUAAAUUC